CAGUGCGUGUCGUCGUUUCAAAUUGGGCUCCAUUUAAGUCCAGAGCCUUUCUUGGCGGAAGCAGCCAGAGCGUGUGUCAGUGUGUGUGUGUGGGAGAGAGAGAGAGACAGCAGAGGCUCCAUCGGCCAUGGCGCUCCUCCGCUCCCUGGCUUGCUUCCUCUUCCUCCUCUGCUCGUCCUUCACCUUCGAGGCCGUAAAUGGGAGGAUGUACGGGGGAGGCGACGUGGUGGAGGAGGAGGAAGACGAUAGCAGUACGGUCGCCGACGGCGCUCGCGGCGGCGCGGGUGGGUGGCCCGGGUACCUCUACACCAGGGCCGUCGGGAGAUGCACGCCCCAAUUCUGGAGCAGUGGAGCUGAGCAAUGGCCCAACAUCAUCCCUCAGGAAGCGGCGGUGUCGAAGGUGUUCGGCUCAAGGUCCAUCGACAGGUACGGGCCACGGCUCACCGUGCUGGAGGCCACCACGAGGACCGACGACAAUGGCAGCAGCAGCGCCUUCGCCAAGCUCGUCAAGCAAGGCAGCGCGGCUCUGCUCAACGCCUACGCGCGCAAGGGCUUCCCCUUGGACUCGUGGGAGGUGAAGGCGCUGCUGCUGGAGGCGCUCGUGUCCGAGGACGCCGCGGCCGCGCAGGCCGACCGGUUCGAGCAGGCCAACGAAUCCUGCAUCUGAAUCCUGGAUCCUAAUAGCGUGUUUGUAGUAGGUCACCUCUUCUGUGACUACCUCCAGCGAUCCUGAAGAAAAAUGUUGGCACCGCCGCACCGGUGUUUAAGGUGCAAUGUGUGUAGUAGUAGUAGAUUGUAUCCGUGUCCUUGUACGCGAUUGUUCCUUCGAUGUGUUCUGGUGCCGUGUAGGCAACGCGUCGUGUAUGUUGCUUGUUAGAGUGAUGUCCAGCCAGGCCUGCUGGGCCUUCUCAAUCCUGUCGGUGUAAGGCAAGUUGGGAUAUUACGCUUACGCUGACAUUUCUUUUGGUACGAUAACGUACUGCCUGAGCACAAAUCUUUGCUUAA